UUUUAAAAACCAAAGAAAAUUACAAAAGAGAACCGUCGACGAUAGAGAAGGUUCUUGUGCUCUGCGAACCCGUGGACGACAGAGAGAAGAGGUUCCUAGUAUUCGGAACGUGGAGACGAGACAAAGAGGUGACCCGUCUCUGAGGACUGGGUAGUAUUUUCUCAUUGUGAAUCCAAUGAAGCAUAUUUUUAAAAUUAUGGCACUGCUGGUAGCCAUUGCUGCCCUUUGGAUCGGCCUCCUUCAGACAUCAAUGAUUCCACAGAGCUAUGCUUUGUUGCUACCUAUCUAUUCCGUUGUGACCCUAGGAUGCUAUGGCCUGUUAAUGGUUGGAGUUGGUCUUAUGCAGUUUCCAACUUGUCCUCAAGAAGCACUGUUGUUGCAGCAGGACAUUAUUGAGGCCAAGGAAUUUCUACAGCGAAAAGGGGUGGAUGUGGGUUCAGGUUAACACGAUGGUCUGAGUACUGUUUCUGGAUGAAAACAAGGGAAAUAAGUCAAGUUGAAACUUGUACUCUGCUCGAUCUUCCAGUGGAAGUGUGCACCAGAAUCACAGCUGUUUGAGUGUUUUCAUCUUAGCAAGAUCCUGAAAAAUAAUCCAUUUAAGUGAGUUAAUUAGUGGCUCUCAAUUAUAUGCUAACAUACAAGUACUAGGCUGUAUAUUUUAUCAUGAACACCAGAAGAGAAUUGGUAAUUGUCAACUGUCAAGGUUAGAAAUGCAGGUGCUGGGAGUUUUGAAGCAAA